UUCCCCUUUGUGUGUGUUUACAUUUUUUAUUUUUAACAGAGGGAAAAGUAUUAACCAUAUCCGAACGGCGGGAUCAAAACAGAAAUAAUGUAUGCCUUCGUGAGGUUUCUGGAAGACGACAUGUGCUACGCUCUGCCCGUUUCCAGUGUGAAAGAUUUUAGACCUGUGCACAAAACAGAUUUCGAUAAUCAGAAGGUGUAUGUGGUUCACAGAGCCGAGGCGAAUGGUACAGGCCAGCCUGCCAAGGCGCAGAUCCUCGCUCUUGCAGAAAACAUUGAGGAGUUUGAACACAGUAUAAUGCAGAAGAAGAUGAAAAUUCCUAAGUUAUGUAGUAAAGAUGUGGUUAAUUCAGUUGAAAACCACAUUGGAGAGGAUCGACUACCACUGAGACAUAAAAAGGCGCAGGACCAUGGGCGUCCCAACACCAACUCCUCCAAGAGUCUGGCUGCUGUUGUAGCUCGCCUGGAGCGCAAUGCUGUCAGCCUAUGCGUGGAGGGUGAGGAAGACUUGGAGGAGGAGGGAGACUCGGGCACUGAGGAGGCUGUAGUACCUCGGGUACUGUACGAGGAGCUGGUGCAUAGCUACCGACAGCAGGAAGAGGAGAUGCGGCAUCUGCAGCAAGAGUUGGAGCGCACGCGACGCCAGCUGGUGCAGCAGGCCAAGAAGCUGAAGGAGUAUGGUAGCCUGUUGACAGAGGUGAAGGAACUGCGGGACUUCAACAGAAGGCUGCAGGACGUUCUUCUCAUUAGGCUUGGGAGUGAACCCAUGCACGACAGUGGCACCCAGACAAUCAAGGCGGAGGUGGUGGAGCCCAUCAUUGAGCCCCAGGAGGUCUGCAAAGAGGAGGCCAACACCAGCUCUAGCCAUUCCCACUCUCCCUCCCCAAGAACUGUGUAUACUUUCAAUGACGGAAAGGUGCAUCUGGGUGGGGGAAUUUGGGUGGAUGAGGAGAAGUGGCACCAGCUCCAGCGCACACAGGGUGACUCAAAGUUCACUAAAAACCUGGCUGUAAUGAUAUGGGGCACAGAGACGCUCAAGAACAGAAGUGUCACCGGUGUGGCCACCAAGAAGAAGAAGGAUGCCCUGCCGAAGCCCCCUCUCUCUCCAAGCAAGCUCAAAAUUGUGAGAGAAUGUCUGUAUGACAGAGUAUCACAAGAAACUGCAGACAGCGCAGAGAUCACACAAAGAUUGUCCAAAGUGAACAAAUACAUAUGUGAAAAGAUAAUGGAUAUCAACAAAUCCAUCAAGAAUGAGGAGAGGCGGGAAUCCAAGCUGCUCAUUAGACAGACAGUAAAGAUGGAAAAUUUCAACUAUGAUGGCAUGUAGUGAUUAAAGGUUGUCACCAUAGCUCAUUCUGCUCUCCUUGGACUGCCGCAAAAGAAGAGGGUGGAGAGGAUCAUCACUGCUGCCAUUUGAGAUUCUCACUGGAGCCCAAAUGAGGCCUUUUCAUCUUGAACAAACCGGUGCCUGUCAGACAGCUUUACUACUCAAUAAACAUAGUCAGUGGUUAAGUAUGUUGCCAUGAGCGAGGAAAAGUAAGCAAGUGGACAUUGGCACAUUUCGUUGGGUGGGCCAGGAGUUUGUAGACUGGAGACACCCUUCAAAUCCCAGUGUAAAAGUGAGCAUGGUGGUCCUUUAACACUGUUCUGUGUCAGAACUUGACCGUUUUUGUCCCAAAUAACUGUGGAGCAGAAUAUACCUUCAGAGUAAGUUUUCGAAUUUUCGGAAGACUUGCUAAAAGCAUUAAUGUUGGUGAGUGCAACGUUUUGCCAGUGCAGCUGCACAGGUCAUCACCUUUAUGUGUGAGCUCUGCUUCGGUACUGCCCAUACUUCUUACAAACCAUUGUAGAGACGCACUUUUUUUAACAGGGUUAAACUCUGCAUGUCUUAAUGCGUAGAGGCCACGCCUCUGUUUUAGGAAUAUCUGUGUUGCCCUAGAGAUUGUCACUCUUUGAGUAUCUUGGUUUUCUUUGGGAAGGGAGAAUUAGCUGCUUCCUAGUUCUUUUCCAGUCCGAGGUAGGCGCUCUGCUCCCAGCACGUUAAUGUUUACUAUUUUGUUUGGUGUCUAGUGUGUACAACAACUCUUAGCGCUUACUCUUUGUCCUCUUUAUACACUUGGAAGGUAUUGAGUGGUGUGUGUCCUGGGUAGGAAUUAUCCAGCCUUUUUUUUUUUUUUUGUCAGUCAUGAUCAGGAACAUUUCUAUGUAUGCAUAUUACUUCAUAACUGUGAAUUUUACUACUUGAGAAAUAUAUUGGAGUUUACUGUUAGUUUUGACUGUGAAGAUGGCUUUCUGUUCCCCAUCAGAGCCCUCGUGCUGGUGAACAAAUUAAUUUUUCCAUUGCGACGCAGGAGAAAGAUGAGUUGAGUCUUACUGAGUCGCCAAUCAUGGAAGAGGGGUUCUGUUUUGUCUUUAAAGCAAACUGUGAUUGUAAAGUAAGCUGUUAUUGCUUCAACUGCACUUUGGCGUACGGAUGUGUACCAUUGGCAUGUUCUGUGCACGACUGGGCGUAAAGCUGUCGACAGCCGUCGGUCCUCCAUCCAGGGCUAAUGGGGCCGAGCCCCUGCUCUCCCUGCCUAACCCCCUCUGUGAGGCACACCAUUUGGAAUAAAAUAAGGUAUAGUGACAACUUCCAACAAGACAUGCCAUCAGAACUCUUUGGUCUUUAUUUGUUCUGUGUUUUCCCCUCAAAGUUUGGAUGUCUGCAAUAUUGACCUAAAUGCUGCAGAAUGAAUUCUCAACUGUGACCAUGUUUUUAACUGUGAUUCACCUGCAGGUCUGCCUUGAAAGCAGAAAAAAUAUUUAGGGUUCUGUAACAUUUGAUUCUUAUUUCCU